UGGAAGAAGGACAGGACUGGAGGGUGUUUAUGGCUGGUAUUGCUACGUACCCCAACUUCAUGGUUGCUUGGUGGAAUGUUGAUACGGUCUUAUUGCCGAUUCAUUCAUCCCCUAAUCAUUGGCUAUUUGGGGAACUACGAUUAGCGUCAAUGGAAGUGCAUAUUUAUGACAGUCUUGGUAGAGGGGCUUAUGAAAAAUUCAAAUCUGAAGGAAUCUUUUCCAAAUUUGAACGUCGGGUGGCAAAUUAUUUGGACAAGAUUAAGUAUUGGCCCCGGAGGAACAUCCCAAGGAUUCUAUUGAAUAUGCAAUUCAUUUAUGAAGAAAAUGUUCCCCAACAAAGUAGUCAUUUGGGAGAUUGCGGUGUUUUUGUUUGUAUGUUUAUGGAGCAAUUGGUUUCAGGUCAACCAAUACGUGUUCUUAUUGACCCAAAGAACGCAGCUUUAGAGUUCCGUCUACGGAUGACAAAAAUUAUUUGGGGGUCUAGUCUUGGUCCUAUGUAGUUGGAUUAUAUAAUUGUAUAUAUAAAUUAAUGUUGGAU